GGAGAAAAAGGCUGAGAUAUCAUUUUCGUUGUCUGUCUGAUAUUGUUUAUUCUUAUAAACGCCAUCAAUCUUCGCAGCUUGUGGACGUAGAGGAAGAAUUUCUCCAUGCUGCCGAGUUCGGGGAUAUUCCGUCUGUCAAAAGAAUAUUGGACCAGACCCCCGAAAUGAAUGUGGACUGUAUUGAUGCCCUAGGCAGAACAGCCCUACGUCUGGCCGUCAAAAAUGAGCACUUAGAGGUAGUGGAGGUACUUCUAGACCGAUCAAGUGGUCGCCAUAUUUAUGAGGCCGUCCUUCAGGCCAUUAGUGCUGGGCAUAUCCAGAUUGCAGAAACCAUUCUUAAACACCGAAGAUAUUUGGAAAUGUGGAAAGAGAGAAAGAAACUAGGGGACGAUGACCACUUCUUUAAAACCAGCUUCGAGGAAUCACAGUUUUCACCCGAUAUAACGCCACUUAUUUUGGCGGCCCAGAAGAAUCAGUACGAGAUUGUCCAAUUAUUGCUUCUAAGAGGGGAGAUCAUCCAAAAACCUCACAAAUUUAGGUGUGCCUGUCAAGAAUGCACAAACAAGAUGAAAUUUGAUAUGUUGCGGUCUGCCAAAUAUCGACUUAAUGCCUACAGAGGUCUAGCUAGUGAAGCUUACAUCUCAUUGUCCAGCAAAGACCCAAUUUUAACAGCAUUUGAACUUGGUUCAGAACUGAAAAGCUUGUCCAGAGUAGAGAAGUACUUCAAGAAAGAGUACAAGGAUUUGGCGGAACAGCUAAGUGAGUACACAGUGAAGUUACUGGACCGUGUGCGCACGCAACAGGAACUAGAAAUUAUUCUAAAUAAGGCAGGAAAACCACGCUUCAACCAUUAUGAGAGUCUAGCCAGAUUCAAACUUGCACUUUUCUACAAGGAGAAAAAGUUCGUGGCUCAUCCCAGCUGCCAGCAGAAACUGAUGAAGUCCUGGUACUACGGUAUGGGCUCUCUGGAGCGGGCUAGCUGGCCUAAAAGGAUCCUAAUGUUUAUACUCUUUAUGCUGUCCUAUCCAUUUCUUGUUCUUGUGUAUCUUCUCUUUCCAAAAUGGAAGAUGAUACAGAUUCUAAAGUAUCCGUGCAUUAAGUUCAUCUGCCAGAUGUUGUCUUUCAUUUCCUUUCUCGUCCUGAUCAUAAUCUCCACGGCGGAGUCCACCCACACCACCUCUAACGCAAACUCACUGAAGAACCACCACGAAAGUCUCCACCAGGUCUACAACUCCCUUAGAUCCACCACCAACAGGACUUUCAUGGGAAACGAUUUUCCUAUCCGCCCCCUCUUCCCAUCUGUAACGGAGUUUUUGUUAUCAAUAUGGGUUUUGGGUUUCGCAUGCCAGGAAUGUAACCAAAUUUACCUUCUCGGAGUAGAGAGCUACAUAGAGUCAUGGUACAACUUGAUGGAUUCAGCUCUAAUGUGCUUGUAUUUUGCCUCAUUUACACUACGAUAUAUGGUUAUGAUCAAGGGACAACUUGCACUAAAGUAUAUUUUGAAUGUAAAUCUGACAGAUCCCAAUCAGUAUUUCUUUUUGGAAUGGCAAUUUUAUUGGCUGAAUGCAGACAGAUUUUACUGGGAGCCGUUUGACCCUAUCAACACCGCGGAAGCCUUAUUCGCUGUUGCCAACAUUUUAAGUUUUUCAAGAAUUUCGUAUCUAUUGCCUGCCAACGAAGCACUUGGUCCCCUUCAGAUUACUUUAGGUCGUAUGGUUAAGGAUAUCCUGAAGUUUAUGUUGUUGUUUAUCGUGGUUAUUGGUUCAUUUAUGGUUGGCCUACACAACCUCUAUUGGUACUACAGCGUGCAUGAUGACAUUGAAAUUACAGAUCAUGACUUCGAUUUCAAGGCAGAAAAAUAUUUCGGAACCGUACUCGUUACGUUCCGGACAGUAUUUUGGUCCAUAUUUGGACGAGGUGAUACCGAUGUGUUAUCCCUGGGAGAGUACAAGAACAACUUUACAGAGGACAUCGGCUAUAUCAUCUACGGAGUCUUCAACAUCGUCACUGUCACUGUUCUAAUAAACAUGUUCAUCGCCGUCAUGACGAGGUCUUUUCAAAAUAUUGCAGAAGACGCUGACUGUGAAUGGAAGUUUUCUAGGAGUCUUCUGUAUAUGGACUAUAUUGGCGAAGGCUGUACACUUCCGGUGCCAUUGAACAUUUUGGGCGGGCCUCGCGCACUUAUCAACAACGUUGCAAAAGCCUGUUGUUGUUGUAAGAGUGCUGAUGGAAUCGAAGAGCCUUCAGACGAUGUUUCUCCUAGUAAAAUAGACCCAGGACAUGCCAAUACAAACGGAACUUCACAAGCGGAAAAUGGAGGGCUACCCGUGGAUAUGGCAGCCAUUGAGAUUGAAUCAAAUACUCUGAGCCCAGAGGAUAUGGACAUGAGAAGAAGGAGUUUAAGUAUCAUUCAGGAACCCUUGGACUAUAAGAAAGUGAUCCAGACAAUCAUACAACGCUAUAUAUUUGAUAUUCAAAGAGAAGCUGAAGUCACAGAGGAUGACUUCGAAGAAAUCAAACAAGAUAUAUCAAGCUUUCGAUAUGAGAUGCUGAGUCAAAUAAAAGUGAACGAAAUUAACAUCAACGAAAUAUCAAAGUCGGUAUCAUCCAUUCUUAAAUAUGUGAAGACUAUGGCGCAUGCGCCGGGAACAGAUGCUGUGUCCCCUAAAGAAGAGGAUGAAAACACAGAGGAUGCAAACAUCCAAAACUUUGAUAAUGCAGUCGUCGACGACACAAAGCAGACAGCACCUCUCUGA